AUGAAUUUUACAAGGCUUACAAUCUGUAUUAGUAUAAACGAUAAAAUUAAUUUAUCAACAUUAUUAGCAACAUUUUUAUCAUUAAACAGUACCAUUGAAAACAAUACAGAUGAAAUUCAAACGGUUUAUUUCAAUAUAUCUAUUAAUGCACCAUUUGCAGAACUGAAUCGUUUUUUAUUUGGAUUAUUUAUAUCUGGAACGUUAAUCGAUUUGUCUAACGGUCUUACAUUUUCAUUAAUAGACAGUGAAAGAUGGCAAUUCAUUAUUGAAGUACCGUAUUUAGAAAAAUUAAAUAAAAAGGUUGAAGAAAAUUUUGAUUAUUUGCUUCCAUUAUUAUCAAUAUAUCCACAUAGUUCUGAAGAGGUAACAGCAAAAAAUUAUGAAUUGUUUAUCGGUGAUAAUGAAGAAUUGGUUGCACGCUUUUUAAAAGCCUUUGAAGGUAAAUCAAUUGAUCGUGCAUUAACAAUAAACAUGGUUAAUGGAACUGAAACAUCAGUGGGAUUUGCUCGCUUGCAAGAUGAUAUUCAAUGUUGUUUUCACACACAUCGAAUGCUGGAUCAUUAUGCACCAGAAAUUAGACAAAAUAAAACAUUUGAAUUAUCAUUUACAAAAUUCUUGUAUCCUCGAAUUCGCUUCUUUACGGGACCAUAUUAUACAUUGAAUCAAACCAUCAGUAGAGAAAAUGAAGAAGCUUGCAAUAAUCGACAAAUGACAACGACAGAUGAAAAUACAACCGAAUACGUCACAGAAAAAUUGCGAAAAAAUUUGUGUCGUCAAAUACAUAAUGAUAAAAUUUUAAGAGAAAUUGUAAAUGAACUUGGAGAAGAAUUAAUUGAAACAUAUUCUCAAGAUUUAAUUCGUACUUUUUGUACAAUAACAGAAAAAUCGUCAAAUAUUGAUAAUGAAUUAGAAAAUAACAACAAACGUGAAAAAACAAUUGAAUUUCUCUCGAAAUGGUUACAAAUAAUAGACAACGAUUAUAUGACAGAAUAUGAUAAAUGUUUGAAUAAAAAUAUUUGGCUAUUAUCGUAUAUAUAUACUUCCUUUGAAUACAAAAAGAAUGAUUUAAUGUCGCUGUAUACAGCAUGUCGGACAUUGAAUAAUUUAAAUAUACAGAAUAAUAUUCCGUCUCAAGAUUUUGGACGAGUGCAAUUUCAUGAAUAUAUAUUUAGUUCAAUGUUUAAUUGCUUAUGCUCAAAUGGACAUUAUUUGUACUGUUUAGCUACUAUUGUUGUUAACAGCCGCUAUUGUUAG